CCAGCCGAGCUCGAGGAGUCCCAGCAGCUCGUUUAAGUUUAUUAACGUACUCUGCAGUCAUGGCUUUACCUAUGUUACCUGGAAAUUCAUUCAACAAAAACCUGGGAAAAGAAAAAUUUCACAAGUCUCAACAUUUCGAUUACUCAAAUGGAGUCCCACUGAUGGUGGGAGCCGAGAAGCCAGGCAUUGGAGGGGAAGUGCUCCUGGGCCAGAAGACCCGGCCUCAGAACUCUUUGUUUCCAAAAGGAGAGGGCAGUGGUGCACCUUCAUGGGUGGCUUUUGACAAACAGGUGCUUUGCUUUGAUGCUUACUUCCAAGAAGGUAUUACUCAGAGUAGAGAGGAAACAUACAGGAUCAGAAAAUGUAAGAUCUACUUCUACUUGGAAGAUGACACCAUACAAGUUGUGGAGCCAGAGCUGAAGAACAGUGGCAUCCCACAAGGAACACUAAUCCGCCGCCACCGCAUUCCUCUCCCAGCUCCCAGUGAUGACCAGUUUUACAAUUUACACCACUUUAAUAUCAACCAGCAGGUGGUGUUCUACUCCAGGACCUUUAUGAUAACAGACUGUGACCCUUUCACCCACAACUUCCUGAGGAAAAUAGGGGUACGCAUCAAUCCCUCUGCUGCAGCACCGGAAGAUCCCUAUACAAAGCUUAGACAGGAGCUGGAAGACAGCAUGAAGCCAUUGCGCCCGUAUGAGAGGCAGGAUACUUUAAAGCAGUUCCUGGAGCACGACCGUGAUGUCCUACGCUUUUAUUGCUGCUGGGAUGAUACCCAGAGCAUGUUUGGAGACCCCAGAGAGCUGAUCCUCCACUACUUCCUGGCAGAUGAUACCGUAGAAAUCCGAGAAGUGGUCUAUCCAAACUCUGGCAGAGAUGCAGCCCCUAAAUUUUUGAACAGAAGUAAACUUCCAAAGCAAGCUCCUUCUCCGAAACGCCAGCCUGGAGAAAUUACAGACCGCACUGUCCUCAACGUGUUUGGACCGAUGGGACAGGGAGGUCGCUACAUUUUGGAUAACCUCAAAACUGGGGCUUUGCAGGAGGAGUUCUACAAGGACUGUGACCUGACCAUAGGAGGGGUCAUUAAUGUCUGGGGACGGAGAGUGAUGAUCUGUGACUGUGACAACUUCACCAAAGAGUACUAUCGUUCCAAAUAUGGCAUUGAGGACUUCACCCCCGUGCAGUACAAAGCCCCCCCACCUGCUAAAGCAGUCAAACAGGUGCCUCCUUACACUGGGUUUGGCUCUGAAGAGGAUUCACUCUGCUCCUGCCAGGGUCUGCUGCCCAAGCCCCCACAGAAAGACUUCAGGAAGCUGAUAGAGAAAGACAGGCAUGGUCUGGAGAGCAAUAUACUUCGAUUUGUUGGCAAAAUGCUAACAGAUAACACCAUUGACAAGGACCGUACCUUCAUCAUUUCCUUCUACCUUAGUGAUGACACUAUAACAGUGUUUGAACCCGCCCAGAGGAACUCAGGGGUGAUAGGCGGUAAGUUCUUGGAGAGAAGCUGGGUGAAGAAGCCAGGGCAGGAGCUCUUCAAGAGUGAGAUGUCUGAGUACUACAAGGCUCAGGACUUGUAUGUGGGAGCAAAGAUUAUUAUAAGCAACCAGCCCUUCCAGCUUGUGGAUGCAGAUGAUUAUGCUUUCAACUAUAUGGAGCAGCAUGCAGAAGAGUUCCCCAGGGCCAACAUUGGCACCAUUUUGAGCAAGUUAAGAUCCAUCAGUGAAGACAAACAGAAGGAGAUCAAACGGUUCUUAGCACAAAGCGACCCAGGCAACACCGGCCUCAUUCCUUAUGAGUCCUUCAGGUCUCUGUUGGCAGAUACGGGCUGUCAGCUGUCGGAGCAUGAGAUCAUGAUGUUAGGCCGUACCUACUCGGUACGGGAACAGCCUGAGCUGAAUUUGGGCUUCAUGCUGGCUGUGGCCCAGGACCACCUGAGGAAGAAACACUUUGAGAGCUUCUCAGACAUGCUCCGAGCUUUCACCCACGAGGAUCGGGAGAGAACUGGGCACCUUUCCACCAAAGAAGCUAGGAUCAUCUGUAAAGCCUUCCGCCUGCCACUGGCUGAUGACCUUCUGAGAGCCCUUCUGCAGAAAUUUGAGAACAAGUCUGGGAAAAUGGAUUACAACGCCUUUCUCUCAGGGAUCAACUGGAGAGAGAAUCCUUCCCUACCUCUUCUACCAGAUGAUGCCUUGAAGUUUGAUGUAGACUGGAAUGGAGAAGCUGUGCGCCCUGCAGUAAUAACCGUCAACUACUCUUUGUUACUGGACAAUGUCUUUGGCUGUGUUGGCAACAGUAAUUUCAGCUGAGAGGUAUGGAGAUCGCCUCUCUCUCCGACAUGACACAACAUGAACUCAAGAGAACAUGGUGCUGUAUG